AUGUCCGGCUUACUGAAAGAAUUGUUUGUGGACCCUUACCAUAGAUUAAAAUGGGGGUUUCUUCCAGUGAAGAGAAUUGUUGAAGAUUUACCAGAAGAUGAUGAAUCUAUUAACAGUACAUCUAUCACUGCAGGUGAUGAAUAUAGAGGUCAUGAAACGGAAUUACAUGAUUUAAAAACUCAUGAAACUAAUAGUGGUAAUGGUGACAUUAGUUCAUUCUCAAAUGAAAAAGAACAAGGAAUAUUAGAAGUUACUAAUCUUAAUCAUCGUACUAAUAACAACAACAAUAAUGACAACGGUACAGUAGACGUUGAAUACGAAUACAGAGAUGAAGCCGAUAGAAAAUGGUGGAAAUUCUUUGAUGAACAAGAAUAUAGAAUUAAUAAAGAAGAAAGAUCUCAUAAUAAAUGGUACAGUUGGUUUAAAGAAGGAACAUCUUAUGAAGAGAAAAAAUUACUUUUGAAAUUGGAUGUCCUUUUGGCUUUUUAUUCAUGUAUGGCUUAUUGGAUCAAAUACUUGGAUACUGUCAAUGUUAAUAACGCUUAUGUGUCUCAUAUGAAAGAAGAUUUGAAUUUUAAAGCGGACGACUUGGUUCAUGUUCAAGUUAUGUAUACCGUAGGUAACAUUAUCUUUCAAAUUCCAUUUUUGUUUUAUUUGAAUAAAGUUCCAUUGAAUUACGUAUUACCUGUUUUGGAUUUAUGUUGGUCUCUAUUGACUGUCGGUGCUGCUUACGUCGACACUGUUCCACAUUUAAAAGCUAUUAGAUUCUUUAUCGGUGCUUUCGAAGCGCCAAGUUAUUUGGCUUAUCAAUAUUUGUUCGGUUCCUUCUAUAAACAUGAUGAAAUGGUUCGUCGUUCUGCCUUUUAUUAUCUAGGCCAAUUUAUUGGUAUCUUAUCCGCUGGUGGUAUUCAAUCUGCUGUGUUUUCUUCUUUAGAUGGUGUUAACGGCUUGGCAGGUUGGAGAUGGAAUUUCAUUAUUGAUGCUAUUAUCUCAGUUGUGGUUGGUAUCAUUGGUUUCUAUUCGUUACCAGGUGAUCCAUACAAUUGUUACUCUAUUUUCUUAACAGAUGACGAAAUUAGAUUGGCUAGAAGAAGAUUAAAAGAAAAUCAAACUGGUAAGAGUGACUUCAAUAAGAAUGUCUUUGAUUUGAAACUAUGGAAAGCUAUCUUCUCUGAUUGGAAAAUUUAUAUUUUAUCUCUAUGGAACAUCUUCUGUUGGAAUGAUUCUAACGUCUCCUCUGGUGCUUAUCUAUUAUGGUUGAAAUCUUUGGACAAAUAUACAAUUCCAAAAGUUAAUAAAUUAUCAAUGAUCACACCAGGUUUAGGUAUAGUAUAUUUAAUCCUGACAGGUGUACUGGCUGAUAAAUCCCAUUCUCGUUGGUUUGCUAUCAUCUUUACUCAAGUGUUCAAUAUCAUAGGUAAUUCUAUCCUGGCUGCGUGGGAUGUCUCAGAAGGUGCAAAAUGGUUUGGUUUCAUACUGCAAUGUUUUGGUUGGGCAAUGGCUCCAGUGUUAUACUCGUGGCAAAAUGAUAUCUGUCGUAAGGACUCGCAGACAAGAGCCAUUACUUUGGUCACUAUGAAUAUCCUGGCUCAAUCGUCUACAGCAUGGAUCAGUGUGUUGGUGUGGAAGACUGAAGAAGCUCCAAGAUAUUUGAAGGGUUUCACAUUCACAGCUUGUUCUGGUUUCUGUCUAUCCGUUUGGACCUUUGUGGUGUUGUACUUUUACAAACGUGAUGAAAGAAACAAUUCGAGAGACAAUGGUAUCAUUGUUUACAACUCGAAGCUUGGAGAAGAUAAACCAAUCGUAGAAGAAUUAGACAAUAAUUUCACAGAAGAUGUUUCUUCUUCUUCUGAAAAAGAAAAAUCAACGGAUUAG